AUGAUUGACAAGUUGGCACAGUUUGCACCUGACAAAAAGACGGACAAGAAUCAAUCAGUGUUUGAAUACCAAUCUGAAAGACUGAUCCAGUGUUUGAUUUCUGCUCGUAUAUUUGUUCUGAAAACACUCCGUGAAACAAAUCCCGAUCUCAAGCCUUUUACAUGGCUAUGCAUUCAAACAAGUAUACAAACUGGUGUACUCUUUUGUAAAAUAUUCAAACAUCUAUCUGAGCUUCUUGGUCUGCGUUUGGUAAAGUCUAUCAAGAGUUGA